AUGUCGACUUCGCACUCCACAAAGAAUGAUAAAACAAAGUUAUGGCAAAACAAAAUUAUGGCAAAACAAAAUUAUGGCAAAACAAUGUUGUCUCUCGUGCUGUUAGGGUGUGUGUGCUUCGGAACACUAGUGUCCUGUACAGGUACAGGUUCGUGCACCGGAGAUGGUGCAUGUACUGGACAGGGUACGGGAUCGGGGACAGGAACGUGUACUGGACCCUAUUCCUGUUCAGGAAGGAACAGCGGCGGAGGCACGGGGUCGUGCUCUGGAGCCGGUUCGUGUAGAGGACCCGGAAGCGGCGGAGGUACGGGUUCUUGCACUGGAACCGAUUCGUGUGCUGCUCCGUACUCGGGCAUGUGUACUGGUUGUUGUACAGUUGCAUAUUCAUGUUCU